AGUGCAACACUGCUCUUUGGUCGUUCUUAUGGAGUGCUGCUGCUGCUGUUGUGUAGUUGUUGUUGUUGUUGCUGUUGACGCGGUUAACUUCUCUGCCAUUCCUGUUCCAAAACAUGGGGCGAGCAACAGUAAAAUCCCUGCUGCUGGUUGCUUGGGCCUUAAUUCAUUUCAAAGAUUCUGGUGUGGAAGCUGCUGAUGGCUGUGAAGUGAGGGGUAGAACUUACCCUUUUGGUCAACCAUUCUCUUUCACCAAUGGAUGCUUUCAAUAUUCAUGUGAUUGCAAUCGUGAUGGAUCGUGGGAAUGUCCUUUAGAACGAACACAAAAUACCUGCGUACAAAACAGAAGAGAUCCUUCACGAAGGCAAAACAAAAGCAAAGGCUGCAAGGUGAAGGGCCGGUACUAUUCUCUCGACCGUCCUUUUUCAUUCACUGAUGGAUGCUAUAAAUAUGACUGCGUGUGCAAGAAUGACGGAUCCUGGGACUGCCCCGCCGCAAAAACAGUAAACGUCUGUAACGAAAACACAGAGAAAGAGAGUAUACACGAAAUCAUAACUGAAUUCGGUCAAGAGGGUUGUUUAGUCAAAAAUAAGUACUAUGAAUUAGGUGCGCCCUUCUCUUUCGAGGACGGCUGCUUCCUCUACAAAUGCCAAUGUUUUCUCGAUGGCUCUUGGAACUGUCCGGCGGCGACAACUGAGGAUAUCUGUCGAGAUGAAUCUAAGCAAAGCCAAAAAAAUUCUACCUUUCAGCUGAAUAUCAGAGGGUGUUCAGUUAAAGGUCAGCAUUAUCCUCUGGGUCAACCUUUUUCUUUUGUUGAUGGCUGUUAUAAAUAUCACUGUGACUGCCAGGAAGACGGAGGAUGGGAAUGUCCAGCGACACAAACCGAAAACAUUUGCCAACAACGCAAAGAGGAGAAAGGCGGAAAGGAAAUCGCUUGGAACUGUAAGUUUUUCAGUGCCACUUUGGUACGUACAGAAGGACUCGAAGUGACCAACUGCCAAGUAGAAGGAAGCCAAUAUCCUUUAGGACAACCGUUCUAUUACAGAAAUCGAUGCUUCCGUUACAGUUGCCAUUGUGAAUUAGACGGUUCGUGGAACUGUCCCGCCAGAGAUGCAGAGAACAUGUGUCCCGGUCGAAACGUCGAAGAAUACGCCAUAUCCCGUAGUCUGGUUGUGAUUAGCGAAGUGAAAGCUUGCCAUGCCAAGGGUCGCUACUAUACCCUGGACCGUCCGUUCUCUUUCGUUGAUGGUUGCUUCCGCUACAAUUGUCAGUGCAAUGGAGACGGGUCCUGGGAAUGUACAUCAGAGGAAGCAGAAUAUAUUUGCCAGGGAAGUUCGACCACAGAACGACAGAAGCCACAACAUCAAUUUUAUGGCAGAAGCGUGGUUGUUUCCAGCGGAACAAAGGUCAAGUUCUGCGUGACCCAAGGGGUCAGGCACACUUUAGGUCAACCGUUCUCUUUCUCUUAUGGCUGCUUCCAGUACAGGUGUGACUGUUUAAUUAACGGCUCCUGGGAAUGUCCAAAAGAACGGGCUCAGUUCACAUGUCGCUCAGCUCACACAGAAACAGCUAGAAAAACUUAUACAUGGAGCAUGUAUAUCAUGAAGAAGGAGAAUGUAAGAAGUUGUGUCAUCAAUGGCGCUGAAUUUCCUCUUGGCAGGACUUUCAACUUCAUUGAAAACUGUUUCAAAUUUCGAUGCAACUGUCAUUUGGAUGGCUCAUGGGAGUGUCCCGCGAAGAGAACCGAAUAUUCUUGUGGACCUCGACGAGAAGACAAAACUCGAAUGACAUUCUCAACUAAACGAUUAGGAAGCAUUGGAUCCAUAAUAGUGACAUCACAAUAUGAAAUAAGAUAUUGUACGGUGAAUAACGAGCGCUUUAAUCUUGGAAGUCGAUUCUCAUUCACCGAAGGGUGUUUCAAGUACAACUGUAUGUGUUUCCGUAAUGGAUCUUGGGAAUGUCCUGGAUCGGACUCCCAAUACAUCUGUCGUCGGGACACAAGUGUAUCAUUCAUACCAGUUUCAAGCAAAAGAUUCUACGUAAUCCAUCAAACAGAUGCAAACAGCUGUUUUGCUAAUAACCAAAGAUACCGUUUAGGAGAAUCAUUCUCUUUUGUUUUGGAUUGCUUCCGUUACAAUUGUCAGUGUUUCUACAAUGCAUCAUGGGAAUGUCCAGCAGAUAAAUCACAAUAUGUGUGCCGUGAUGAAAGACGACCACAGCCCACAAGACCACCAAGAAAUGAGGGAAACAUUGGAUCCAUAAUAGUUGUAUCACAAUCUGAGAUAAGAUAUUGUAUGGUGAAUAACGAGCGCUAUAAUCUUGGAAGUCGAUUCUCAUUCACUGAAGGUUGUUUCAAGUACACCUGUAUGUGUUACCGUAAUGGAUCUUGGGAAUGUCCUGGAUCGGACUCCCAAUACAUCUGUGAUCGGGACACAGAUUGGGCAAGCAUACCAGUUUCAAGCAAAAGAUUCUACGUGAUCCAUCAAACAGAUACAGACAGCUGUUUUGCUAAUAACCAAAGAUAUCGUUUAGGAGAAUCAUUCUCUUUUGUUUUGGAUUGUUUCCGUUACAAUUGUCAGUGUUUCCACAAUGGAUCCUGGGAAUGUCCUGCAGAUAGAUCAGAAUAUGUGUGCGGAGACAGAACACGACCACAGCCCACAAGACCACCAAGAAAUGAGGUUUUCCAACAGUCAGUCGUGUUAAACAUUGGCCAGACUCUGAGUUCGUGCGUUGCCAAUGGUCAAGAAUAUCCCUUGAAUAAACCAUUUACAUUCACAGACAACUGCUACCGAUAUGUUUGUAUGUGUCAUAGUAAUGGCUCUUGGGAAUGUCCAGGAGAGCGUGCAGAAUAUUCCUGUCCACAGACUCCUUCUCAAGAACCAAAAAAAAUGCCAAGCCGGAACAUGUAUGUUGUGGUCAACGAUGACCCAGAGUCCUGCUAUGUGAAGGGCAGAAAGUACACCCUUGGCCGUCCUUUCAGCUUUGAAUACGGUUGUUUCGAAUACGAAUGCAAUUGUAACACUGAUGGGUCGUGGGAAUGCCUGUCAGAAAAUACCAAGAAUAUCUGUGGAAAACCGAGAGAGGAGCUUCCUUAUCCUUCAACAAGUCGUCCUAAAAUUUCCCAGCGGAGUGUUGUGGUUAAGACAGUAUCUUCUAUUAGAUAUUGUUCAGUAAACGGUAACGAAUUCCCACUGGGAACUGACUUCACUUUUACCGAUGGCUGUUUCCGCUAUCAGUGUGAAUGCUAUCACAAUGGCUCGUGGCAGUGUCCUGGAGACGAUGCUGAAUAUGUCUGUGGAGACCAGUCAGAAAAAGAGAAAAAGAAAGCUUCAAGCAUCAACUUCCAUGUGAUUGUCAGUGACGAGAUGAGGAACUGCGAAGUGAAUGGAGAAAGUUAUUCACUCGGCCGAGCAUUUACUUUCAGAAUUGGUUGCUUCGAAUUCAACUGCUUCUGUAACACCGAUGGCUCUUGGGAAUGUCUCGCUGAAGGAAUUGCAUACAUCUGUGACCGUCACGGACGAGAACGGUCACACCAUUCAAGCAAAUGGCAACAAGUUUUCCAAAGGAGUGUUGUGGUUAGAACAGCUGCUUCCAUCCGGCAUUGUUCAGUAAACGGUAAAGAAUUUGCGCUGGGAGAAGACUUCACUUUUACCGAUGGCUGUUUCCGCUAUCAGUGUGAAUGCUACCGCAAUGGCUCGUGGCAGUGUCCUGGAGACGAUGCUAAAUAUAUCUGUGGAGACCAGUCAGAAAAAGAGAAAAAGAAAGCAUCAACUCGAACCACAUAUAUUGUGGUCAGCGAUGACCCAAUGGCGUGUGUGGUAGAAGGGAAGAGAUACGUGCUUGGUCGCCCUUUCAGCUUUGAACGUGGUUGCUUCGAAUACAACUGUGACUGUAAUAGGGACGGAUCGUGGGAAUGCUCUUCGCAAAAGAGCGAAUAUAUUUGUGAUCAUGAUGGAAAUCGCAAACAAGAACAUACAACAGAAUGUCACGACUGCGUUGUAAGAGGGAAAAUAAUCUCAAGUGGAAGACGCUUUAGUUUUGAAGACGGUUGCUUAGAAUUCCACUGUCAUUGUAGAUGUGAUGGUUCUUACUACUGCCCUGCAUCCCAAACAGUUUCCAAGUGUUCGACCUGUCAAAACUGUACGGUCGAUGGUAUGAAGUAUGCUGGUGGCAUUGGUUUUAAACGCCGCAUCGACUGUGAAGCCAUAAGCUGCUUUUGUCAUUGCAAUGGAACAUAUAUCUGCUAUCCAGAACAGACCAUGCAGUUACCCUGUAACACAGACAUUGCCCAUACAGGAACUCCAAAACCUACACAAUCAGUUCCUUAUACAUUGUCAGGCACACUGAAACCUAUAAAAGGUCCUGACCAUCCUGUUGUUGGCGGAAUUUCUCAGAGUUACGUCUCACCAACUCCCCCUUCGUUGGGGACAGUCUCUCCUCCGCACAAGGAAGCAAACAAAGUGGACCUGAGUCUCAUUAACGAAACUGAGGUUCAUCAUGAUAUCGAAGUCAAAGCUGAUUCGUCGAUCGCUAUACAAGGGGCACGUUUAGUCCACAGCAAGAAUGAAACUCAACUAAAGUUUGGAAAUGGGACAUUUUCUAUUCAUAGAACGAUUUCAACCUCGGAUAAUGAUACAGUUUUAACAGCCAACUCUGACACUUGCCAAAUAUGCCAUGUUUAUAGUAAGGUCCACAGAGGUAACACACAAUUCCGUUUCAUUGAAGGAUGCUAUGAAUAUCUUUGCAAUUGUUAUUGUGAUGGCAGCUGGACCUGUCCAGAUAAUCUGAGUGUUAAUACCUGCAAGAAGAAGAAGCUGACUUGCGUCGUUGAUGGACGUAGCUAUAGAUUAAACACAACAUUUAUCAAGCAAAUCGACUCCUGUACUGAACAAACCUGCAACUGCAAUAUUGAUGGCAGCUUCCAUUGCUUGGAAGACUCUGUGGUAGAUGUUUGCAGGCAAGCACCAGCUUGCCGCUUGUGCAGUGUUCGAGGGAAAAUCAUUCAACCUAAAACUAAUUUCCAACUAAGAGAAGGUUGUUUUAAAUAUAAAUGCCAAUGUAACUGUGAUGGUGGCUGGAAUUGUCCAAAAGAGACGGCAGUAAAUCUUUGUAAAAGAAAUAAUAAGUGCAUCCGAUGCAAUGCCUAUGGCACCACAGCGGCACCGAACAGCAACUUUGAGUUAGAAAAAGACUGUAUUAGGUAUCAAUGUCGAUGCAACUGCGAUGGCAGCUGGAAUUGUCCAGGUGAAACAGCCGUUAGGAUUUGCGGAAAUAAGUGUAUCAGAUGCAAUGCCAAAGGCACAAUCGCAGAACCAGAUUCUGAUUUUAUUUUGCGACAGGAUUGCAUCAAAUAUCAGUGUAGAUGCAACUGUGAUGGAAGCUGGAAUUGUCCAGGAGAGAAAGCCUUAAAUGUAUGCAACAUGGAUGAAAGAACUGGUUGCUAUUAUUGUGAUGUAAAAGGAGACAGAAAAAAUGGUAAUUCUCGAUUUGAACUGAAAGAAGGUUGCUAUAGAUACCAAUGCAGAUGUAAUUGCGAUGGAAGUUGGAACUGCCCGGCUGAAACCGCAGUUAACGAGUGUCCUGCCAAAUGUCAUCAAUGCGAUGUGCGUGGAGCUAAGCACGAACCAAACACACGAUUCUCUCUACAAGACGGCUGUAUUAAAUAUGAUUGCAUCUGUAAUUGUGAUGGAGGUUGGAGGUGUCCGACUGGGGUUGACACAUGUAAUACCGAUCCAGAAACCGGCUGCCAUUAUUGUGACGUAAGAGGAGAAAAGAAAAAAGGGCACACCCGUUUUGAACUGGAGGAAAAUUGUUAUAAAUUCCAAUGCGCAUGCAAUUGUGAUGGUAGCUGGAAAUGUCCGGCAGCAACCGCUAUAAAUAUAUGCCAACAAAACAAGACGACAUGCAUAAAUUGCGUAAUAUCUGGAAAAAGUUAUCAAAGCAACAUUGCAUUCACCCGCGAUGUAGAUUGCUAUAGAUAUCGAUGUUUUUGUAACUGUGAUGGAAGCUGGAACUGCCCUGCGGAAAGUGCAGAGUUUAUUUGUAAUGAACCUUCGAGAGGAAAUUGUCGACAAUGUAAUGCAAAGGGUAAGGUUUAUGCAGGAAAUACAGAAUUUCAACAUGAAGAAAAUUGCUAUAGAUACAAAUGUACAUGCAACUGCGAUGGAAGCUGGAAUUGUCCUGCUGAAAAUGCAAAAUAUAUUUGUGGUGCCAGCACUGGAAAUUGCAAACAAUGUGAUGCAAAGGGUAAGGUUUAUGCAGGAAAUACAGAAUUUCAACAUGAAGAAAAUUGCUAUAGAUACAAAUGUAAAUGCAACUGCGAUGGGAGCUGGAAUUGUCCUGCUGAAAAUGCAAAAUAUAUUUGUGGUGCCAGCACUGGAAAUUGCAAACAAUGUGAUGCAAAGGGUAAGGUUUAUGCAGGAAAUUCAGAAUUUCAACAUGAAGAAAAUUGCUAUAGAUACAAAUGUAAAUGCAACUGCGAUGGGAGCUGGAAUUGUCCUGCUGAAAAUGCAAAAUAUAUUUGUGGUGCCAGCACUGGAAAUUGCAAACAAUGUGAUGCAAAGGGUAAGGUUUAUGCAGGAAAUACAGAAUUUCAACAUGAAGAAAAUUGCUAUAGAUACAAAUGUAAAUGCAACUGCGAUGGAAGCUGGAAUUGUCCUGCUGAAAAUGCAAAAUAUAUUUGUGGUGCCAGCACUGGAAAUUGCAAACAAUGUGAUGUAAAAGGCAAGGUUUAUGCAGGAAAUUCAGAAUUUCAAUACGAAGAAAAUUGCUAUAGAUACGAUUGUAAAUGCAACUGUGAUGGAAGCUGGAAUUGUCCUGCUGAAAAUGCAAAAUAUAUUUGUGGUGCCAGCACUGGAAAUUGCAAACAAUGUGAUGCAAAGGGUAAGGUUUAUGCAGGAAAUUCAGAAUUUCAACAUGAAGAAAAUUGCUAUAGAUACGAUUGUAAAUGCAACUGUGAUGGAAGCUGGAAUUGUCCUGCUGAAAAUGCAAAAUAUAUUUGUGGUGCCAGCACUGGAAAUUGCAAACAAUGUGAUGCAAAGGGUAAGGUUUAUGCAGGAAAUUCAGAAUUUCAACAUGAAGAAAAUUGCUAUAGAUACGAUUGUAAAUGCAACUGUGAUGGAAGCUGGAAUUGUCCUGCCGAAAAUGCAAAAUAUAUUUGUGGUGCCAGCACUGGAAAUUGCCAACAAUGUGAUGCAAAGGGUAAAAUCAUUAAAGGAAAUACAGAAUUUCAACAUGAAGAAAAUUGUUAUAGAUAUCAAUGUAAAUGCAAUUGUGAUGGAAGCUGGAAUUGUCCCGCCCAUAAUGCAAAAUAUAUUUGUGGUGAACAAAGAGAAAAUUGCAAACAAUGUAAUGCAAAGGGUAGGAUUUAUGCAGGAAAUACCGAAUUUCAUCAUGAAGAAAAUUGUUAUAGAUACAGAUGUAAAUGCAACUGUGAUGGAAGCUGGAAUUGUCCUGCUGAAAAUGCAGAAUAUAUUUGUGGUGCCAGCACAGGAAAUUGCCAACAAUGUGAUGCAAAGGGUAAAAUCGUUGAAGGAAAUACAGAAUUUCAACACGAAGAAAAUUGCUAUAGAUACAAAUGUAAAUGCAACUGUGAUGGAAGCUGGAAUUGUCCUUCCCAUAAUGCAGAAUAUAUCUGUGGUGACUCCUCAAUUCCUCAAUCUGACAGAUCUUGUGCAACAUGUAGAUUAGGGAAUGAAGUACAUCAAGAAAACACAGCCGUCAUAGUUAAUAACUUCUGCUAUCAUUAUUUGUGCCACUGUCUCUGCAAUGGAACUUGGAAUUGUCCAAAUGACAAAAUCAUAAACCGCUGUUCAUCUGUAAAUCAAUAUCCCUGCCCUGGUGAAAAGAAAAAGUGCUUAGCUAAUAGAGUGGAAUAUUCUCCGGGCAUUAGCUUCUAUCAGGAAGAUAACUGUGAAAAACAUUUGUGUACAUGUCAAUGCAACGGAAGUAUAAACUGCUUUCAAAGAACGGCAAUGCCUAACUGCACAGUUAAUAAGUCACCUCAAUGCAAGGAUUGUAUCAAACAAGGUUGUAAAGUGAAUGGCACCAUGUAUUACACAGAACACUUCAGCUUUAUUCAUAAAUGUGUCUUGUAUAAUUGUUCAUGUAAGAAUGGUAAACAUACUUGUCCAUCUAAGCUAAGCAGUAAGAUUUGUUGAGAAAAUUGAAAGACCAAAGAAGAAGAAAAUGCAAAGAACUUAACAAAUACGACUGACUUGGCAUAAAGUCGUCAACUGAAAAUGUCAUUAUUUGAAAAAUUAUGGACAAAAUUAGAAAAUCACAAAGAAAAAUGAAAAGCAUUUCAUCAUUAAUCAUCCGAAAUUGGAAAAAAAAAAAACCAAAACAAAAUCAGUUUAAAAAAUAUAAAAUGACGAAUAUUAAUUUGGUUUGAAACAUUCCCACGUUUUCAAAUGGUAAUUAAAUAAAUAAAAUUAAGAAAACA